AUGGAAGAGCAGCAGCGGCUUAGCGGUGGAUUAGCACCUACCUCGACCAACCAAACUCUAGAAGAUAAGAGUGAUCCCUCCACCCCUGUUCCAGUCACCAAAUCUUCUCUCCAUGGUAGUCUCUUUAAGAGCUUUUCGUUCGAGGACUCCCAUCACGGGCCGCUCACUCCGGAGACGGGCUCGCCGUCCGGAAGCCCGAAACACGAACGCUCUGUUAAGAUGCAGGGAGACCGUGAUAGCCCGAAGCAGGAGCUGAUGCUCGGCCAUCAUAUUCUCGAGAGCUCGAGCUCCUUGUUCCUGGGCGGUGGACUUUAG